CCAAGAUGGCGCCGGCGGCGGCCACGGAGGCCUGAGAGCGAUGCUCCGGGUCCUCGGCGGCAGCGGCGGCGGCGGCUGUGGCCUCGGCCGGGGCCUUCGGUCUCUCCCGGGCGUGAGCACUCACGCGACCCUUCGCCGGGCUAGUCCGGACCACGAAGAGAGGAGGCAGUGAGAAACGCGGAGGGAGCGCGCCGCCUCCUGCCCCGGCACCAUGGCUGGGCUCAUCAAGAAACAGAUCCUGAAGCACCUCUCCAGCGAUCCCUGCUGGCUGUGGUGGAGAUUGGUGUGCUGUGAAUUUCAUAAUCAAGGAGUCUAAGAAACCUUGGCACCUGACUACUUGCUUUCACCAGGAAUAGGGACCUUUUGUCUGAAUUUCCUGCCCUCAGAUUUACUAAAAAUUUAUCUCCUGACAAGAUAAAUCUAAGUACUCUCAAAGGAGAAGGUGAACUGAAGAAUUUGGAGUUGGAUGAAGAGGUGCUCCAGAAUAUGUUGGAUUUGCCAACAUGGCUUGCUAUCAACAAAGUUUUUUGUAAUAAAGCAUCUAUUAGGAUACCAUGGACAAAAUUGAAAACACAUCCCAUCUGUUUGUCCCUGGAUAAAGUAAUAAUGGAAAUGAGUACAUGUGAAGAACCACGAAGUCCUAAUGGCCCAUCACCAAUUGCAACUGCUUCGGGACAAAGUGAAUAUGGCUUUGCUGAAAAAGUAGUUGAGGGAAUUACUGUUUCUGUAAAUUCCAUUGUUAUCCGCAUUGGAGCAAAAGCUUUCAAUGCAUCCUUUGAACUUUCCCAGCUAAGGAUCUAUAGUGUAAAUGCAAACUGGGAACAUGGAGAUUUAAGAUUUACUCGUAUUCAAGAUCCACAGAGAGGAGAGGUUUUGACAUUUAAAGAAAUAAAUUGGCAGAUGAUUCGAAUAGAGGCCGAUGCUACUCAAAGUUCACAUCUUGAAAUUAUGUGUGCUCCUGUUCGAUUAAUAACCAACCAAUCAAAGAUCAGAGUCACACUUAAAAGAAGAUUAAAGGACUGCAAUGUUAUUGCAACAAAAUUAAUUCUAAUAUUGGAUGACUUACUGUGGGUUUUAACGGAUUCCCAAUUGAAGGCUAUGGUACAAUAUGCAAAGUCUCUUAGUGAAGCGAUAGAAAAAUCAACAGAACAAAGGAAAAGUAUGGCUCCUGAACCUACACAGAGCUCUACAGUAGCCCCAUCUACCCAACAAGUGAAGACACCACAGACCUCAAAUGCUCCUGAUCUAAAUGAUGCAAUUGUGAAACUAUUCAAUGACUUUGAUGUUAAAGAAACCUCUCAUCACUUAGUGAUUUCUCAUCUAGAUCUACACAUAUGUGAUGAUAUUCAUGCUAGAGAAAAAGAGUCGAAUAGACGUAUUACUGGAGGGGCUAUGCAACUGUCUUUUACACAGCUAACUAUAGAUUAUUAUCCUUAUCACAAAGCAGGAGAUAGUUGUAAUCAUUGGAUGUAUUUUAGUGAUGCAACCAAAACAAAAAAUGGAUGGGCCAAUGAAUUGUUACAUGAAUUUGAGUGCAAUGUUGAAAUGCUUAAGCAGGCUGUAAAGGAUCAUAAUGUAGGUUCACCUCCUAAAUCCCCAACACAUGCCUCUCCCCAGCACACACAAACAGAGAAAGACUCAGCUCUGAAAGGGACUUCCAGAACACCUUCAGUAUUAUCUCAACAAUCCAAAGCUAAGUUAAUGUCUAGUUCUGUUGUGGUUAGACUUGCAGAUUUCGAUAUAUACCAGGUCUCUACAGCAGAACAAUGUCGUUCUUCCCCCAAGAGUAUGAUUUCUUGCAAUAAAAAAUCCCUGUAUCUUCCACAAGAAAUGUCAGCUGUCUAUAUAGAAUUCACAGAAUAUUACUAUCCUGAUGGAAAGGAUUUUCCAAUUCCAUCUGCCAACCUUUAUAGCCAACUGAAUGCACUACAGUUUACUGUGGAUGAAAGAAGUAUUCUAUGGUUAAAUCAAUUUCUGUUGGAUUUAAAACAGAGUCUUAAUCAAUUUAUGGCUGUAUACAAGUUGAAUGACAAUUCAAAAUCUGAUGAGCAUGUUGAUAUUCGAGUUGAUGGCUUAAUGCUAAAGUUUGUUAUUCCUUCAGAAAUGAAAUCUGAAUGUCAUCAAGAUCAACCACAUGCAGUUUCUGUUCAGAGUUCUGAAAUGAUUGCCACAAAUACAAGGCAUUGUCCAAACUGUCGACAUUCUGAUCUAGAAGCUUUGUUUCAAGACUUUAAAGAUUGUGAUUUUUUCAGUAAAGCAUAUACCAGCUUUCCCAAAUCUGGUGACAAUUUUAAUCUUUUGCAUCCAAUCUUCCAGAGACAUGCUCAUGAACAAGAUACCAAAAUGCAUGAAGUUUAUAAAGGAAAUAUUACUCCCAAGUUGAAUAAACACACUCUUAAAACUUCUGCUGCCACAGAUGUCUGGGCUGUGUACUUUUCUCAAUUUUGGGUAGAUUACGAAGGGACAAAGAGUGGAAAAGGGCGUCCCAUAAAUUUUGUAGACUCUUUCCCUCUUUCCAUCUGGAUUUGCCAACCCAUAAGAUACGCAUUGUCACAAAAAGAGCUGCAGUCUUAUAAUCAAGGAUCUCUAAAUACAUCACAAAGCGAAUCUAGUGAUCUGACGGGCCGACUGAAGCGGAAGAAGCUCUUGAAAGAGUAUUAUAGUACAGAAUCUGAGCCCUUGACAAAUGGUAGUCAGAAGCCUUCAGAUACAUUUCUAAGAUUUUCCUCCUCAUCAGCAGAUGCAGAUGUUCAUGUCCUGGUUCACAUUCAUAAACAUGUCAGUAUGCAGAUCAAUCACUACCAGUAUCUGCUCUUGCUUUUCCUCCAUGAGUCACUUAUUCUGCUUUUGGAGAAUUUAAGGAAAGAUGUAGAAGCUGUGACUGGCACUCCUGCUAGUCAGACCUCAAUUUGCAUUGGAAUUUUACUUGAAAGUGCAGAAGUGGCUCUUUUGCUACAUCCAGUGGAUCAAGGAAAUACUUUUAAGUCUCCUGUUGCUGAAAGUGUGAGCCCAACAGUUCCUGAUUAUUUGCCUACAGAAAAUGGAGAAAUUUUGUCUUCAAAAAGGAAACAAGUUAGUAGUGGCAUAAAUCAAAUUAGAAGUGUAACUAUUAACCACAUGUCAGACAACAGAUCUAUGAGUGUUGACCUUAGCCAUGUGCCUUCAAAGGAUCCUUUGCUUUUUAAAUCAGCUAGUGAUACCAAUCUGCAAAAAGGUAUUUCUUUUCCAGAUUGUUUAUCAGAUAAAAAUUUAGGGAAAAUAAGUGAAGAUGAAAGUAGUGGAAUUGUCUGCAAAAGUGGAUCGGGAGAAAUUGGAUCAGAAACAAGUGACAAAAAGGAUUCAUCUUAUACAGAUUCAGAUAGUGUCUUAAACCACAGAGAAGAUUCACAUUUGCUGUCCUUUGAUAAUGAUGGUAAUCAAAACAUACUUUCAAAUAGUUUAAGUAGUAGAGGACAUGAAACCAUAGAGUCAGUCUUUAAAGGUGAAGAUUUGCUUCCAGAGACAGCUUCACUCUCUGAGAACCUAGAAAUCAAUCAAGAAGAAGCACCCACAGUUAGAACACUUACAUCACAGUCAUCUUUAAGUGGAAAGCCUAAGGAACGCAUCCCACCCAACCUGGCUCCACUCUGUGUUUCUUAUAAAAACAUGAAGAGAAGCUCCUCACAAACCUCAUUGGAUACCAUUUCACUUGACAGUAUGAUAUUGGAAGAACAGUUGUUAGAAAGUGAUGGAAGUGAUACUCAUAUAUUUUUGGAAAAAGGUAUUAAAAAGAAUGUUACUACAAAUUACCAGAGCCUUGGAGAGAGUGCAAAUGCCAGUGCAAAUCUACCAAAUUUUGGUGAAACCUCCCCAGAUGCCAUCAGUACAAAUUCAGAGGGUGCUCAAGAAAAUCAAGACUUGAUGUCAGUUGUGGUGUUUAAAAUUACUGGUGUUAAUGGGGAAAUUGACAUCCGAGGGGAAGAUAUGGAAAUCUGUCUUCAAGUGGACCAAGUGACACCAGAUCAAUUAGGCAAUAUCAGUCUUCGGCAUUACCUUUGUAAUCGUCCAACAGGUUCAGAUCAUAAAUCUAUAAUUCAUUCCAAAUCCUCUCCUGAGAUUACCCUGAGAUUCGAGAGUGGGCCUGGUGCUGUAAUACACUCUUUGCUUGCAGAAAAGAAUGGAUUUCUGCAAUGCCAUAUAGAAAACUUUAGCACUGAGUUUUUUACAUCUUCUCUUACUAAUAUUCAGCAUUUUUUGGAAGAUGAAACUGUUGCAACAGUAAUGCCAAUGAAGAUACAAGUUUCUAACACAAAAAUUAAUUUAAAAGAUGACAGUCCUCGUAGCAGUACAAUAUCCCUGGAACCAGCUCCUAUAACUGUUCAUAUUGACCAUCUUGUGGUGGAGAGAAAUGAUGAUGGCUCUUUUCAUAUCAGAGAUUCUCAGAUGCUUAACACUGGAAAUGAUUUGAAAAAAAAAGUCACAAGUAAUUCAAUGCUGCUUACCAGUGAAAAGUAUGAUAUGAAGAAACAACACAGUGUUACUCAAGCCACACAGACGAGUCCAGAGGUUCCUUGGCCUUCUCAUUCAGUUAACUUCCCUGAGUGCUCCUUUGAUUUUACUAGAGAACAGCUAAUGGAAGAAAAUGAAUCUCUUAAACAGGAAUUGGCCAAAGCUAAAAUGGCUCUUGCAGAGGCUCAUUUGGAAAAAGAUGCUCUUCUUCAUCAUAUAAAGAAGAUGACAGUUGAAUAGCAGGAGUGGCAGUCAAAUUCAAAUUACAGCUCUGGAGUAGGGAGGUUAUAUUUAUAAUGUUAUGUUACUAGUUAGUGGAAGACUUUCCUUUUACAAAAAGAUAAUAAAAUAAAAUAGAAUGUGAUGAAGUGGUGACUGUUCCAAAACCAGUUUAGAAAGUAUUAGGUACGGCAUUACAAUCUUUUGGUUGUUUUGUGUUUGGGGUUUAACCCUCUUUAAACUGGUAUAAUAGAGGGAAGUCAACACAUACUGUAAAAUAAUUACAUGCCUAAUGGAAAAAAGAUGUCAUUUUCCUAAUUUUGAUAUCACACUUUAGGCACCUUUUAAAAAGAAAAAUGGAAAUCUGUUGUGUUCCCACAGGUUGCUGAUUUUAUUUACCACUAUUUGUUAAUAAUUUACUAUUAUUUAUGAAGAUUCAAAUGCUUUUAGGGCUAUUGUAAUUUCAAAGGAUGCUUACAUUUUAAAUGUUAUUAGAAUUAUGUACUUAAAUAUAUAAUUAUUUAAUUACUGUGGAAAAGUCCAAUCAAGUUAUUAAAGUCCAAUCAACCCACUAAAAAUAGUGAGCACGUUCAAAAGUUCAAAAAUCAUCACCCUAUUGAACUUCUAAAACUUGAAAAUGUAAAAAAAUCAUUUAAAAUGAUGAAUAAACUGUAUAAGUUAAAGGUAUAAUUUUCAACUGAAAGGAUCAUACAAAUGUAAAAAUAAAAAGCACAAACUGUAAAAAAAGCAAAACAUUACAGUAUAUGGCCAGCUGAUUUAAAAAGCAUUACUUGUACAUUCCUUUAAACAGUUACUGUUAGAAGUAAAGAGUAAUUUAACUAUCCUAAAUUUGGCAGCAUUUGUAACUAUAAGAAUUUUAAUUGAUACUAUUUAUAUUAUUUCUUUAUCUUUUCUCUGUUUAAGGAGGGGAAUGUUUUCAGAGAAUUUUCUUUUCAUAUAUGUAAAAUACUUUCAUACCAUUCUUGUAGUAUCAUUAGGUAGACGUUUGCACAUAUUGUAUUUAUAAAGCUAGUUUUGAUUAAAGGUGUAUGUGACAUAAAUACUAUCUUCUAUAAUAAGAAUAAUUGGUAAAUUUUGAUUCUAUUUUCUAGGGAUCAUUAAGGUUGAAACCAUCACGAGGGAGAAAAUCAUGUGUUAUGAAAUAAGUUUAUGGGUGUGUAAGAAACAGACAUUUUUAAAGAUUUAAAAUAUAUUUCUGAUAGAAUUAAACUAAGUGGGGUCUAUUUUAAAAUUAACAUUCUUAAACAUAAAUAUAUCUAAGCUAUAACAUGAAACAGCUCAGACUACUCUUUCUUUAAGAUACUUGAAGAUUUUAAACAACCUUAUGACACUUUAUGGUGCUUUGCUUGUUUGGCAUGACUUAUAUAGCCAUCCUGUAUCUGAAUACUUGGACGAAAAUACAUGUUUCAUUUAUA